CGGGUCUGGAUGCUUGAAGGCACAGUUCCUUACGUUACCUUGUGAGAAUAACUACCUAGCUUCUAAAACAAAUCAAAAUGCAGUCCGCCAUCGUUCUCUGCUUCGCUGCUUUAGUAGCUUGCACCUACGCCAAGGUGUACAUUCCACCCGGUUAUCUGGAAACCCACCCAGAUUUUAACCCGUACUCCAAGUCAGUACGUCAGCCAAGGGAUCUGACAUGGCACCGCAACGCUGGAAGAGGCCAGAUCUUCGGUACUUUGGGCAGCACGGACGAUUCUUUAUUCGGCCGCGGAGGUUAUAAGCAAGAUAUUUUCAACGAUCACCGUGGACAUCUUCAAGGCCAAGCUUAUGGCUCUCGAGUGCUCGGUGCUAACGGAGACAGCAGCAACCUCGGUGGACAACUGCACUGGUCUAAUGACCACGCCAGAGCUGCUCUGGAUGUCCACAAGCAAAUUGGAGGUGGAAGUGGUAUGUCCCUCAAUGGUGAUGGAGUAUGGAAACUGGAUAAGAACACCAGGUUUGUCACUGGAGGAAGUUUCCAGAAGGAGUUUGGACAUCACAAACCUGACGUGCAAAUCCAUGGCGCUAUAGAACAUGAUUUCUAAAGUAUCAAAUCAUUCUUAUAUCAUUUGUAAAUAUUAGCAUUUGUUCAAAAUAACUUACCUCUUGUCAUCUAUUAUGUUUAAAGUUCAAUUUUCGUGCCAUAAUACUUCAUUUAAUUUAAAUUUCAUUAUGUUUGUAAAUUCCGUUGAUGUGUAAAUAUUACUGUAAAUAUUCACCAAAGCUAUAAAAUAAAAUAAGCAUAAAAUAA